AUGUGGGAGUGCAUGAUAAGCGAAACCCGCAAAGGGCGGCUGGGCAAGCACCGAAAACCCAAGGAAAGUGACCCAGCCUCACCAAGAAGGCACCUGCCACUGGAAAUUCAAGGUGGUGGGAUUCGACGAGACAGAACGAGCCAGCUGGAGAAGAUCAGGGCUGCGGGCAUGCAGAAAUCGCGCCGGCAGCAUGAUCAGACUGCAGCUGAAAAGGGUCAAAUGCUCUCCCAGCACUAUUCGCAAGCUUCUCAAGACAUUGCAUCGCUGGCAUCUCGCUUGGCACAGCACAAUGGGCUUCGGCAGUUUAGUGCCACGUUUUCAAGCCGCGCCCCGCCAUUGGAGCUGCGGAUGCUGCUGCCUGAACUCGAGGCAUCCAUUGAGUUGCUUUUGUCCUCCUUGGCCAACUGCACCGAGCAGUUGGAGGCCAUGGAGGUUCCAAGCGAAUCUCGAUUGGCAGAGCUGAAACAAACGGUUUGCUUGUACCUACGCUCGGAGUAUGAGGAAGCCACGGAUACAUUCAAGGAGCAGCGGGGACCUCGCCUUUGCUGCAGAGUCUGGUACAAGCGAACGAACGACUAA